AUGAAGAAACUGAUGCAGGGUUUCCGAAUCAGAUCUAUUCUCCCACCUUCACUAUCAGAAAAUUAUAGCUACAGCCCUAGCAAGUCACUCAUCUCGUGGAUUGCACUUUACUCCACAGCCUCUCAGAAGAAGGCCAUUGCUCCGAAUCCACAUGCGAGGAACUCUAUUUUAGCUAACUACCUGAUCGGCUCCUUAAAAUUCUCAAAAGAUAAAGCCCUUUCAGCCUCCAGCAAAUUCUCACACUGCGAAACUCUUGAAAAGCCUGAACAAGCAGUCCGAUUCUUUAGAGGUCUUGGUUUUUCUGAUGCACAUAUCCGAGCCAUAGCCAAUAGUAACCCCCUGCAUCUUAUAUUGCAGUGUGGACUGGAGAGAUGUCUGAAGCCUAGAAUUAAUUUCAUUAGGAAUAUCUUCGAAAGUGAUGGAAGAAAUAGAAGUAUUGAGAGUGUUAACGAUGAUUUGUUUAAGACCAUUACAAGGUGCGGAAGGAUUGUCCUUGCGAGACACACAUUGGAAUCAAACAUUCAGUAUCUGAAGAGCUGCGGAGUUGUUGGCUCACAGUUGUCGUCCUUGCUGUUUAGACUGCCCAGGAUCUUUUCUCUCAAACACGAUAAACUUGAAGAGAUUGUUUCAAGAGCUCUGGCGAUGAAUUUCACUAUGGGUUCAAGAAUGCUGGUCCAUGCCAUUCAUUCUCUUAGUUGUAUGAGCAGUGAUACUUUUAAAGUCAAGUACGGAAUUUACAAGGCCUUCGGGUUCUCCAAGAAAGAGAUUGAUUUAAUGUUUCGGAAGUCUCCAUAUAUCUUUGGGCUGUCUGUUGAAACUUUGAGACGCAAACUUGAGUUUCUGCUGAAUGAUCUUAAGCUCAGCAGGUUGGUGGUCGUUCAGUUUCCUGGAAUCAUGUCGCUGAACUUUGAAGAACGGGUGGUUCCACGAUACAAAGUGCUGGAGGCUCUAAAGUCGAAGGGGGUUUUGAAGAAGGAACCGAGCUUGAGCAGGGCAAUGUGCUUGCUGGAGAAUAAGUUCUUGGAGACUUAUAUUCAACCGUUUCAAGCCGAGGCUGAAGAACUAUUGUUGGCAUACAAUGGCCAAAUUCUGAAUACAUGACCGGAAGUAUGAUGUUGUAUGGGAAAAAUAGAUGGUCAAUUCGAUCUCAUUGCAUAAUUAUUUGACUAUGAAGUUGAGCUUGCAAUUUUGUGUUGAAGAGAAUGUAUUAUGAAACUGAUGUUGCAUUUUUCCAUUACUUAAGAAGUAGGAAGAUGAAAGCUGAUUAUGAAUUGCUCAUAGUGAUUGUUUAUUGACUCUGUUUAUGUUUAAUUUUAUUUUUUUCGGAAA